AAAAAGAGAAGAAGACACCUAUCAAUUGGGUUCUGGAAUUUCCUUAAGCUUUGAUGGAAGGCAGCAACAAUAACAAAACCAACAGAGAGAAAUUUGAAUGGGGAAAAAGGGCAUGGGAACUACUUUCAAAGGUUAGAACCGAGUCACCACUAAUUCAAUGCAUAACAAACUUUGUUUCAAUGGAUUUAAUGGCGAACACACUCUUAUCCGCGGGUGCAUCACCCGCAAUGCUUCAUUCCAUUGAAGAGAUUCCUGAUUUCACGCCACGUGUCAAAGCUCUUUGCCUCAACGUCGGUACCCUAUCUCCUGAUUCUGUUCCUGCUAUGGUUACUGCCGCUCGCCUUUGCUCUCAGUUGGGUAUUCCUUGGGUUCUUGAUCCUGUCGCUGUUUCCGCUUCUUCUUUUCGCUUUGAUGCUUGCCUUCAGCUUGUUACGUUCAAACCCACUGUUAUUAGAGGAAAUGCCUCUGAAAUUAUCGCUCUCUCUUCUUCUUCCCAUCAACCCUCCGCCGCCAAGGGUGUCGACAGUACUCACAAGUCAACGGAUGCAGUUGAAGCAGCAAAGUUGUUGGCUCAAACAAGUGGUGCCAUAGUUGCAGUCUCAGGAGCUACUGACAUUGUCACAGAUGGAAAUCAAGUUGUUGGUGCUCACAAUGGGGUGGCAUUGAUGCAAAAAAUAACAGCAACUGGGUGUUCAGUCACUGCACUCAUUGCUGCCUUUCUUGCCGUUGUUGACAAAAGCCAUGCUUUAGAAGCAGUAGUAUCAGCAUUAUCUGUAUUCGGAGUUGCCGGUGAGCUGGGAAUGAAGAUGGCCAAAGGUCCUGCAUCGUUGCGAAUGCACUUGAUAGACGCACUCUACGGACUGGAUGAAGCUACCUUGCACUCUCAUGUCAAUAUCACUAGUUUGUGUUGAAAUGUGAAGAUCUGCAUGUACCACUUACAAAUUGGUAAUUACUAUAACAUUUUGUUGUAUCUAUUAUAGCUUAUACUUGUCUAUCUUUGCUAUCCAUCAGUUGAAGAUGGAUCAUGGAUCAUUAGUGACAGUGGAGAUAUUCUAAAAUUUUUGUCAAUAAUCACUAGCUAGCAAUAACAUGUUCUGCUGCUUUGACCAAUGGUUCUCAUUUGGGUUUGUUUUUUAAAGUUAAUUCCUCAUACUUUCUGUUUGAUGUAUCUAUAGGUAUUGGUUUGUUGAAAUUUGUUCAUGAACUGUAGAGUUGAGUAUAUAUGAAUAACAUUUUCUUACA